AUGAAGAAGAAAGAAAGAAAUGAGAGAGCCAUUGAUAAAUUAUUUAAUGUACUGCCUGAUUUUUAUCGGCAAAAACAAGCGAGAAAAAAAUUUCGUCGAUUUAUUACUGAUGAGCUUGCAUGGCGUUCACAAUAUGAAUUACUUAACGGGGUCUAUUGUCUCGAUCAUUUACCAUCCGUGGCCAAAGAAUCCAAUGAUAAAAUUCAAGCUUUAUUAGACGAUGGAUGUUAUCGAUUCGAUCGUAUCAAUCCGAAUUUAUUGACAUAUGAUCAAACAAAUCUAAUUAUUCGAAAUGUAACCGAUGAUGAACUACUGGAUGAUCUAACAUUGGAACAAAAAUUUGAUUUUAACUUUACACAGUCGGAUGUCAAAGAUCGUAUUGAAAUAAUUAAUGAAUUACUUAUUGGACAAAUAUCGGAUCCAAGUAUUUAUUUAAGCCAGAAAGGCGAAGAAAAACUUUCAGUACGUGAUCGAAAACAAAUAUCUCCUGGUCGUCCACUUCAAGCGAAAAAGCUGCCAAUAUCUUUAUCGCCACGUCGUGAAGUUAGUGAUUUAAAUCGUCCAGGCACAGAUCCUGCUUUCAGUGACCCAUAUGGAUUCAAACGCAUUCGUGCCUAUAUUGAUCGCUUUUACGCUCACUAUCGUCGUUCAAUUGUAUUUGCUUAUCGUUCAAAUAAUUGGACAUUACUACAAAAUGCUUCAAAAUCAUUUUAUGAUUCAUUGCAAAAGCUUACUCAAUAUUUAUCGACAACAACAUUAAAUAAAAUAUUUUCAUUAAAUGCUUUACUUUCGCAUGGUUAUCAAACCAUGUUCAUAGCAAGCGAAUUACUUCUUGAUAUGCUCUAUCGUACAAAACCAUUUUAUGAUAAUAAUAAUGAUAAAAUAAUCAAUUCAAAUACAAAUAAAUUAAAUCAAUGGUUUACAAAUAUUGAAUGUUCAUGGACAGGAACAACAUUCAAUUUUGAACAACCGCAAGAUCGAAAUAUAUUUAUUGAUUUAAGAUUUAUAAGAAAAUUUAUUUUACAUUCACUACAUGCAUUAUAUGUAGCUGCUAAAUGGGAAAAACUAGGAACAAUAGCCAUUAAAUUCAAUGCUUUAUCUGACCAUUUUUUUGCUGAUUUAACAAGUCCACUACUAAUUGCAGCUCAAACAGCACUCACACAACAAGUACGUGAUCGACAAAAUUCAAUUGAUCAACCACAUUUUGAUGCAGCUAUUACUGCUCUUGGUCGGCCAAUACAUCCAGAAGAUUUCUACACACUUCGACCAGAGAAACUUUUCAAGAUAGCUCACCAUAAAGAUGGAAAUAGAGAAAGAAUCCGUUCAGCAUCAACAUUAAGUCUUGGUGCUCGACUUGAUCCGAAAGGAACUGAUUAUUAUGCUCAAGCAAAUCGUGCAUUAGAAUUAAUUAGUAUUCCACUUGAUGUUGAAUUUACUCGUAAACUUUUACGACAAGCAUUAGAUAAAACGUAUUAUUCAUCUCGAUCAAUAAGUGAAUGUCGAAAAAUGUUAGCAUUCUAUAUUUAUAAACAAGAACAACAAUUAGCAAAAGAUUUUCUUAUAUUUAUACCUCUGAUUGCAAACAUUCCAGAGCAUGAUAAUGAAUUACCAGUGAAAAAAGAGCCAACAUCAACACUUCAUUAUCGGCCACUGACAGCUGGCGAACCCUUAGACUUUUCACCAUUAGUUAACAAUAAAAUUGAUACAUCACCAUCAGCUGAAAUUAAAAAAGAAGCAGUUAUUGAAGCCUAUGAAACGAUAUCAAAAUUACUAUUGGGUCAAAAUCGUCCUGAUCAAUAUUGUCAAGUAUUGACUGAACUAGGUGAUUUAUAUUUUCAUUGUGAAAAAAUCAUGGAAUCAAAAACAGCCUAUUGUGAUGUUAUCGAUACAAUACUCGGUUGUCAUGAUGUUGUAACAACUUGGUUUAAGAAUGAUACAUUAAAAACUUUGCUUUCAAAUCGAGGACAAUUGCUACAAAAAUGUGGUACUUGGGGUUGUUUAUUAGGUGCAAUUGUGGCAAGUAAAUUAGCUAAAUAUCAUAUUCAUCUUAAUUGUGAUCAACAUCUUCAAACGUGUUUGCUAAGUUCGUACUUUUUACGUUCAAUAUUUUUCUAUACUUUACCACAUUCUGAACAUGAUAUUGAUUAUGCGACAUUAUUUAUUGAUAAUUCAACUUAUAUAUGGCCUGGAAUACAAUUAACAAGCGAUGAAUUUCGUUUAAAUCCUCGGUCACUAAUGGAUACUCUAGCUUACAUAUGUGAAGCUCUUAGUCGUCAUGAUAUUUGUCUUCAUAUUCUUCCCGUUAUUGCACUCUACGAUAUUUUUUCUGUGCAUUGUCGAAAUAUACAACAUACAGUGCAAGCACGAUUAAUACGUCUACGUGUUCUUAUUCAACUUGAUCUAUUUCAUGAAGCACAUCAAAUUAUACAAAUGUUAUUAGAUGGACAAAAAUUGCCUAGUACACAAGUAUCUGGCCGUUAUCAAACAAGUAAUGCUGAUAGUAUUCCAUUAAAAUUGAAACCACAAUACUUUGAUAAUUCCAAAAGUGUUACAUCUGAUUAUAAUCUCGGAAUAUUAGAUGUUCUUCUAUUGGCUCGACUCUCUCCAGCAAUGUCUCGGCUCUAUGGAUCACAUUUAUCUAUUGAAUUUCAUUAUCUAUUGUCAUUGUUUUUUGUUCGACUUGCUUCUCGAAUUCCAGUUAUUGCUAAUUUGAAUUUGUUUCAGAGUAGUGAAUUAAAACAAAACUUAACAGCAACAAUAACUGAUCCACGUUAUAAAACAAUGAUUGGUGGUUCUCGAAUAACAUCAGCAUCAAAACUGAAGCUGCAUACUUUUCAUGAUGAAACAACCCGCUCAUUUGUUCAUGUGAAAUCUUAUCUUGUUGGCACAGGAAAAUUGUUUGCAGAAAGAUGUUUAAAUGUAUUACAACAAACAGACGAAAUGGCACGUGAUUAUCCGUCAAAUUUACAAUCAUUCGAAUAUCAACUUCUUAUUGAUUGCCUAUCAUUAUUAUCGGAAUGUGCACAUCAAUGUCAUUUAGAUCAAUUAGCUGCACGCUAUGCCAUGGAAGGAUUGAAAAUUUUAUCUAUGAUUGGCGAAGAUAAUAUCUACGAGAAAAAAGUAGCCAGCGGAUCAGCAAAACGUAAACCAUCGUAUCCUCGGUUAAGUGCUGUCUCUCGAUAUCCACGAAAAAAAUUGAAUGCAUUAAAUAUUCUUUUUAAUACUCGUUAUUCACAUAAUUUAAAUGUGUAUGCAUGGCUAAAACAAAGUGCUAGUCUUUGUCAGAUAAUGUUACAUCAGAUAAAUGCGUUAGGAAAAGUUAAAGGUACAGAUGAUUACAUAAGAGAAGAAUUUGCUAAUGUUAAUGUUUAUAUUGAACAUGGAUUAAAUGAAUCUGAAGAAUAUCAAUGUGAAUCAAUGAAGGCAACAUUUUUACUUUAUAAAGCAUUAUAUAAUCUAAGUGAAUUAGUUAACAUCAAUGAAAAUAUUCAAGAAUUAAAUACAGCUCUACAAUUAUUUCAAUCAGUUUUAGUUGUAAAACAAAAUAAUAUAAUAUCAACUGAUAUUUUAUAUAAGAAAUCAUUAACACAAAUCCUGCUUUGGGAACAUCAAUGCGUUCAAGAUCUAGAUGGAACUGUUCUAAAAUUAAUUGCAGAAAAAGAAAAUGAUAAACUACAAGCACCUAUAGUAGAUUUCUUUGUUCAAAUGCGUGAACGUAUUCAAAUGACAAAUUCCAGCCAUCCUCUUGAUUGGUUUGCUAUGCCUAUUUUACCACUCAAUAAUAUUUAUUCAUCAUUACUUCUUCCAUUUGUAUUUGCUAAACUACGUAUCGCAACCAUAGUUGCUGAUUAUGCAUAUCGUUCAUUAAAUGAAAAUCCCACGAUGAAUGAUUUAUAUGAAAAUGUCCAAACACUAUUUCGUCAAUGUUUAACACUUAAUCAAACAAUAGCCGAGCAUUAUGUUAACAUUGACUAUGAAUGUCUUUUACAUUUAGCUCGUAUUAGUCGUUUACAAAAGCGUACUGCAUUAACAACGUCAACGAUAACAAUACCAUUGAAAACAAUUGUUCAACAAUUAUUAGAUGCGAUACGUCUUUGUUACUUAAGUACAAAUGAUAGUCAAUUUAUUCAAACAUGCUAUUUUGAAUUAGCCAGUGUUCUACUUGAAUAUACCAAUAUAUCAGUAGGAAAGUCUAGACAAUUAUCAGCUAAAUCUUUUCCUAUUGCUGAGUCCACCGAGCAACCAUCAACGCCAACAACAACUGAGCGACCAUCAAUUUUAAAACAACGACCAACAAAUGUACGUUCUAGUAUAGGUAUUGUUGGUGAUAAUGCACGCCGUCAACAACAACAGCAACUAAAACAAGCAGCAGCUGUUGCUAUACGUGCAGCAACACAAAUAGCAGUAAAUCAAAAACAUCGAGUACAAUUACCUGGGUUAGCUGAAGAAUUUUCUGAUACUAAUGAAGUAAAUUGGCCAAUAUACAUAGCAGGUGAUAUACUUGGUUACUUCGUGUUACCAGAACGACGACGAAUUUAUAGAAGUGAAGCGGAACGAGAAAUUCUUACACUGGCUCCACAUUUUGAAGCGAAAACUUUACCAGAAUCAUUUGAUUCAAAACUCGAUCGUUUGAGUAUUGCUGCAGCUCAAGAUAUAACAUGGUUACAUCUCUUAAAUUAUCAAAAUGCUGUUGGUAAACGUACUGAUAAUCGUCAAUUACUUUCAUUUGAUUGUGAUGCUGUUGGUCGAUCGAAUCUUUUCUUUUUACAUGUUUUCCCACGUUUUGUUGGUGCAACGCAAACAUUGCAAUCUCUAUCACAUUAUUCAUCGCAAUGCGUAGCUAUAUAUCCAUCAGAAAUUUAUAUUCAAAAUGUUGUACAAAUAACAUCAUCAUCAACAGAUAAAUUACCACAACGAGCAUCGAUAUCAUCAGCACGAACAUUACGUAGUGCACAAACAAGUGCGAGCGGAAUAAAUUUAAUUCAGGAUGAAGAUCUUGGACAUUGUCCGAAUAUUAAUUUGACUAUGAUUAAAAGAGAAUUACCAGAUUAUCAACCGGCAGCUGCUUUUAGUUUAGCAUGGUAUUCUUCGAAUACAAUACGAAUAAAUACAAAACAAAUACAAAAUGAAGAAUCAUCGACUAUUUAUGGUUUUUAUACAACAGCAAAAGAUGAUUUUAUUAAUGUUGUUUCAAUAUCACUAGAUCAUUUACUUAAUCUUUAUAAAAGAUAUCUGCCUAUUGCUCAAGUAGCUGAAACUGAUCCAAAACAAAUCAAUCAAACUCAAAUACAAUCGAUUUUACAAGAAUUAUUUACUCUCUUGACUGAACACGAAGAAUCAGUAAAAACAAGCGAUAAUGCUAAAAAAGAAUCACAAGAAAAGCCUCAUUUAAGUGAUUCCAAAGCAUAUGUUGAAUUAGAAUGUUUUCUCAAUGCAAAAUUCGGAGCACAAACAAGUAAUGUAAACCUGCGUGAUUGGUUCGUUAAUACAUUAAAACAGUCUUCAAAUACACUUUUAUCCACUCAGGAUUAA